UCACAAAUACAUGCGACAAGUUUGUGCGAUCGGUCUGCGUGAUAAACCGAUGAAGCAGAUUUGUUGCAGGAUUCUCUCGAUUUCCCUGUCAGUAUGCAGGCACGCAUUUUUUUUUUUGGUGGGGGUAGGGGCGGGGUGCCACAGUUGAAUGCACUCGUAGCCGAGGUUCUCAUCAUCUCCACCUCCUCCUUGUGCUCCACCUCCCAUAACACCUGCAACACACACCCGCAGAAGAACCGUUAGACAGUUGGUCAAAACAGGACCAAGUACAGAUAGAGGCACAGGACGAGCUGAAAACCCCAUGCCUGCUAAACGACUUCCUGCCUCUGUUUAUUUUGUUUGCCUUCAUGGGUCUGAAGCUUCCAUCAAAUCCUGCACUACUGUCUUUGCCCUGCCCAGUAUUCAAGGAAGGCGAAGAAGAAGGCAAAGAAGAAGGCGAAGAAGAAGGCGAAGAAGAAGGCGAAGAAGAAGGCGAAGAAGAAGGCGAAGGCGAAGGCGAAGAAGAAGAAGAAGGCGAAGAAGAAGGCGAAGGCGAAGGCGAAGAAGAAGAAGAAGGCGAAGAAGAAGGCGAAGGCGAAGAAGAAGAAGAAGGCAAAGAAGAAGAAGAAGGCGAAGAAGAAGAAGAAGGCGAAGAAGAAGAAGAAGGCGAAGGCGAAGAAGAAGAAGAAGGCGAAGGCGGCGAAGAAGGCGAAGAAGGCAAAGAAGAAGGCGAAGAAGAAGAAGAAGGCGAAGAAGAAGGCGAAGAAGAAGNGAAGAAGAAGGCGAAGAAGAAGAAGAAGGCGAAGAAGAAGGCGAAGAAGAAGGCGAAGAAGAAGGCGAAGAAGAAGGCGAAGAAGAAGGCGAAGAGGGCGAAGAAGAAGGCGAAGAGGGCGAAGAAGGCGAAGAAGAAGAAGGUGAAGAAGAAGAAGAAGAAGAAGAAGAAGAAGAAGAAGAAGAAGAAGAAGAAGAAGAAGAAUUCACAGGUUAUUAGGUUUGAAGAGGGUGUGAGGUUCAGAUUUCAAGGUUGAGGGAAGAGGGUUUAGGGUUUAGGGUUCAGGGUUCAGAAUCUGCUUAAGAGUUCA